UACAAAUUCUAUGUGUCUUGCCUUUCGCGUUUAGUUGAGACAUGCAGCACGCUUUCUUAACUCAGACUGACUCUGUAUCCGUACCUUAGGUUCUUUAUAGCGCAAUCCAUCUUGAGCUAAUGACAGAUGAACCAUCAAAUCUUCUGAAAACGUUCAAGUCGGACGUACAGCUUGCCCGAGCUGUUAAAAGUCUCUUCAUCCAAUGUAGAUCUCCCUGCUCUACUCCGGUACAGCGCAUAAAUGAACUACGAGAGUUCCUGGCCGAGGCACUCCCUUUGUUCGUAAAUCUUACCACUUUCCGAAGCGAUCAUCGUAUUGCAACCAUAAAACUUAUUGAAACAACUCUAUAUCACAACAGCGGAGGGUAUUCCAUGGGCAUUCCUAUCAAUCUGGAAAACGUACGGACCCUCGAGCUAUUCGGGGCCGAUUACAUUUACAAGUACAAUUACAUACUACGUUUACCGCAGCUACGACGAGUUCUACUCCAUUCAAUGAAAAUCAUAGACCUCGAUGGCGAUGACAGAGCUUAUCCCGAUGAUUGGGGCUGGAUGUCGCACACUAUCAAAGAACUUGAAAUACAUCAAGGUUUCAGAACCUGGAAUUCCUCGCCAUAUAGACUCUGGUCCAAUUCCUUACAGGCACUGUCGAGGUCUAUGCCUGCCUUGUCUUAUUUACGACUCUUCCAUCAAGAGUGCACCUUCUACCCGAGACAAUCUCGUCAUCUUCUGGGUUUUUUUCGGCCUCAGUUGCGAAACUCUUUGCGCAGACUAGCGGUAGAGGACGGUCGGAUCGACCGCCGCCAUCCUGAGCUUGGCUAUAAUUACCUUGCCGAAGACGUCUCGAUCCUUGAAGACAUCACGGCUUCAAGCCUCGAGUAUCUAUCGAUCGACUUACAUACUUUGUUCACCAGGAUCCAUCACGUGGGCCUUGCGGAAGCGAUCCAUGCCGUCAGUCUACCUCCUUCGCUUCGGCAUCUCCGACUCCGACAUACUGAAGUCAACGAUAUGUCAAGUGUAGGAAAUACUAGUACCCUCUUCAACUGGAAUCCCGAAAUGGCAGUGCAGGAGCUUGCACGUAAAUGCUUGUUGUUGUCGAAAAUCGAUCUUGAACUUCGACUACUUCGGAAUCCUGAUUAUGCUAUGCUGGAGAGAUACAAGACCGCAUUUGCUUCUCAAGGGAUACGCUUCAACACACUGAUACACGAAUGUCCAGCCCAGCGACGUACAUCUAUCAUCUGUUACAGGGCAGCAUAGAGAGGAUUAUUGCCGAGUAUAUAUUGCAACGAAUUGAAAAUUCUGGUCAACACUUUCUCCACGUCAGAUUGAGCACUUGCCCAAACUUAGCAUCGGCAGAGC